GAGCGUUCCGAAACUACGUGAGACGCCACGCACAAUUGACGACAUUUUUAUUUUCUCUCCGGGAGGAGAGAUUUCAGCCAGAGUUCCCUUGGCGUAGUACUGCGACACGAAACCGGCGGUGAAUGCGCGGAGAAGCCUUUAACAAAGAUCAUUGAAAAAAAAUAAUUAUUUUUUCGAGCCACGAAAUCGGCGAUUUCUCAUCGCAACGCUUCGCUUAUUAACAUUCAAUUCUAAUUGACUUGAGUAUGAGUUCUCGAGGCAGAGGAUUCAGCUCGAGGGGCAAUAGCUCGUACAGAGGAAAUAGGGGAGGUGGGGGUGGUAGCGGCGAUUGGGGAAGCGGCGGGAACAGCGGAGGCAGUAUGAAUCGAGGUGGAUAUUCUUCUUCCAGGGGCAGUCGUUUCAAGUAUUCAACGACCAGUUAUGAUUCUCGCAACAAAUAUGGGUCUGUCGGAAGCUCUGAGAAGUAUUCAAGCAGAGGAGGUCGUGGCGGAGAUCAUUCCAAUAGCUACAAGCGUCCACGUGACUCUUACUCGACACGAGAAGAUCACAGAUCGUCGAGCGAGUCAAAUCGCAAAAGGAUCCGAAGUGACUCUUACCAGCAGGGAGGAGGUAGCGGAGGCGGUGGUUCCCAGAGGUAUUCAUCGUCGUACGGUGGCUCUUCUACAUCCGCUCAAUAUGACGACAAUAAGAGAUCAUCGUCGUCGGCGGUAUACGAAGACAAGAGGCAGAGCGACCGUGGCUCGUAUCAUCGAGGCGACGAGCGUCAUUCGGCAUCGAGGAAUUACGCGCCUCCACCACCACCGCCGCCGCGUAUAAGCGACAUGGCGCCGCCAUCAACGAGAUACGGUACAACGAGCAGAGGUAGAAUAUCCCAUGGUAACACGAGUUUUCGUGGUCGUAUAUCUUCUCGCGGUGGCCGCGGAUUUCACCGUGUUGGAACACGGACAUCGGAUUCGUUGAUGACCCGCAAGCGUACCCUGACCUCGCUCGACUAUCGGCGCAAGAUGCUUGGUUCGCGUUCGCGCGACUACAUUCAACGGGUUCGCAUGACCACGACAAAAUUGCGCAGGAGCGGUGCUACAACUAGGCUGACCAGAAGUAAAAAGGAACCCGGGACAGGAUCCAGCGUUAAGGACAAGGAUAGAGAGAUGGCCAAGGCUAUUAACGCCGAAUUCUCCGACGAUGAUAAGGACGAAGACGUCGACAGCAAUUGGGGAGAGGACGAAAAGCCUCACGAGGAUGACGAUGAGGAAGUUAAUACAGAGAAGAAAGUUAAAGAAGUGAAGAGGAAGAAGGAAAAACAAGAGAAUAUCAAGAUGGAAGAAGAGGAAAAAGAAGAGGAUGGAAAAGGAACCGAAGAGGAUGACAAACAGGAGGAGGACGAUGACGAGGCUGAGGACGGUGAAAAUUCAAAAGGAGAACGCGCUGCAGGAUCUGGGGAAUUGCCUAGUCGUCGUGACGGCAAACGCUUCAUAAAGCUGAAUUGUCCCCACUGCUCACAUCGCAGUGUGACCUUCAAGGAAUAUUCACUGCAUCUUUAUUCGGGACGUCACAAUUCAGCGAUGAGACGAAUCGCAGCUCGUCACAAGGCGACGUUAGCUCGUAUGCGCGUCGUCCAAAGACAAGAGCAAAGACGUGUCGAAGUUCGUGAUGCAUCCCGCGGAACAUUGCCCUCGAUAACGAUGUUUUGUCCCAUCUGUAAAUUGAAUUAUCGCUCGCUGAAAGCGAUGCAUCAUUUGUCCGAAUCGCAUCGACAAAUGAAACGUUUUUUAACACCGUUCUGCCGAGUUUGCCGCAUACAAUUUCGAUCGCCAAUGCUUUUCGAAAGUCACGUAUGUUCUCUCGACCACAUCAAGCGCAAGAGCUUGGCAGACGAACGAUUAUCAACCCGCAAUGGAGAAGCCGAAGGGGAUUCAAGUGCCCCGGAAGAGGACGACAAAGAAGUAAAUCUUGACAAUUUCAUGACGUUGGACUCUGUCGGUGAUGUUGAUGCUGAGGAGGAAGACGAAGCUGCGACCUCGACGACCCCCGGUGAGAAAAAAAAGAAGGAGAAGCCCGAGACUACCGAGUCGACGACGAUGUCGACGACAACCAUAACAACAACAUCCACAAAUAGCAUGGCCGAGCUCGAAAAGAAACCGAAAAACAAACAAAUGAUCAAAGUUGGCUUGGAAUACAUAAAACGCGUUGAAGUACAAUUUUGCGAAUUGUGCAAAGUUUACUUGCCCCGAAACGAGAGCAGCGAGCGGGCUGUGGCAUUGCAUUGUUCAACGCGAAGUCAUCUCAAACGAUCGGAACUUUCCAGAUAUGUGAGGGACAACGAUGACAAAGCCUUGCGUCGUCAGGCGGAGAGGAUCCAUUUGCAAACAUCUACGACGACUUCGAGUACCGGAAGUACAACGGUCGUAACGGGAACGACUGCGACAUUGAAAGCCGAAACGAUUCAGAAUGAUGGAACGAGCGGGACGGGUGUGAGUACGAGCGGCUCGACUGCAGCGACGGUGAAUGAGGUAAAUAACGGAAAUUCAACUCAAACAAAUGAAGAAAAGGUGGUGGUUAAGGAAACGAGCGGAAACGCGACACAACAAUCAGUCGAUGGGACUAACAAGGUCAGCAAAGAGAACAACGUCGAGGAAGAAGACGAAGAGGAUGAAUUCAGGGGCGAUUUGGGGGAUAAGUUGUGGGACGAUGUUGACAAAGAUCUCGGUGAUAUUUUGCGCGAAGCCGAGCCCGGUACCAAAUCGAGUGAUGACGAGGAUUCGCGCUACGAUCGUUUCCGCAAUUCUGAAAAAAUAUCACAACUCUCGAAGGAGAAAGAUAGGCCCGAGGGUAAAGAUGCUGAAGCUCAAGAAACUUCCAUCAGUGUCAGUCCGCCAAAAAAAACUGAGGCUAAAGUCAAGGUAGAAGCCGAAAAAUGAACAGGAUAACGUUCGCUAGAACUAAAAAACAAGAAACGUUCUUCCUUGAUAAUUGAACGGAAAAAGAUAAUCAAGCAGCAGCAGCAUUAAGAUUGAACAAAUUGUGUAGUGUCCAAUUAACGUCCCUUCGUACAUAAAGGCCUAAAUUCUCGAUGCAAAACGUUCAUUGGACGUUCCUCCAUUACGACUGUUAUUCAUUUUUAUUUUGCGUCAGCUCUUUACGAAAGGGUCGAUUUUUUUUAAUGCACUGACAAACUGUAAUUUCAAUUUUGUUUCUUAUUUUUUUCAUUCAAUUAUGCUGUUUUUCUUACUUGGGGUUCUUGUCAUCAUUAACAAUUUUUAUAAGACGACAAAACUAUUUGAAAUUUUUUCCGAUACUAGAAAAUAUUGAAACUGCAGUGUAUCUGAUUUCGGAGUUUGUUUCGUUCGAUUAUUACCAAUUUUUCUUGCAAAUGGCUCACACGUGUCAGCCAACAGUUGAGUUACAAAAUCAUUAAUUCUUAAACGUUCGGAUUCAGAUUCUGAUAUUCAACUUUGUUAGUUGAAAGGAAAGCUAUUGCUUCCCGCGUUAUGAUUUCGCUCGUUGCGUAUGUUACAACACUAAAUAAUCCUCAAAUGUGAAAAAAAGAAAACAAAAAAAGGGUUUUUGCUAAAUUUCGAGCUGACGUUGCACCUAGACGAAAGAUUUUCUCAUGAACUCUGUACUUCUCCGUUGAAUCCUGAUAUAAAAUAUCUAAAUCUAAAGUAGAUAUGAACUAAAAAAAAGAAGCAAAACGUAAAAUCGACACAUCUAAAUUGUUCGAGUGUAUUCGUGUUCGGCCAUAUUCUCGCGACCAAAAAAAGGACACAUGUGACGUAAAAAUUAUGACGUCCGUGUGAUAGGAAGAAAAGGAAACUUUUUUCAUGAACUAUUCGUUGAAAAUUCGCGAAGAAUAAUCGGUUAAAUCGGAACGUGAAUGAUUUUCGAAAUUAUUCGAAUCUUAUUCAUUUAUAGCGAUGGUAAGUUUUCUUCGUGCAUUUAAACAAAAAUACCUUCUUCAUUUUUUUUGAGUGAAUUUGAAAGAAAAUAUGAAACAACAUAUUUCAAUUAUUAUUGGAAUCAUAGAAUAAUAUAAAAUGUACGAAAUCGAUCGAUCCGAUAUAACAUGUAAAUAAAGUGUCGUUUUUUUUUCCUUUGAGUUCCUCGAACGAGGUUUAAAAAAAGAAUUUCAAAUGAAAGCUACUUAUUAGCUUUUUUUUUAACUAUAAUUCAUCAAUUCAAUUAACCGUUAUCGCAAUAAACAAUUUAAUAAAAACAAAAGUGAUACACAGGGUAUCCCACGACCAAUAAAGUCAACGUUUAAAACCAAUACAGAUUCAGAAUCUGAUAAUUUUGUAUUGGUUUUCACUUAGGCUCUCCGAGAGUUGAAAAAAAUGUGUCUUCUAUCGCGCAUACUGCAGAAUCGAGUGGAAAUAGAGUAAAUAAUCUUGAUUCUAUCGGGUAUAACCACUGCUGUAGCUCUAUUACGCGAUAAAAGAUGAGCUUCAACUUCAAUAGAUUGAGGGUAUGCAUCAGGAAUUAGUCACGCGCCAGUCAUUUCAAAUUUUCAGACACGGUUUGACUGAUUACAAGAAAGCUGUCAGGCCACGCAAGACGAUGAUGGAAAUCGGCUGACAGCUUUUUUCUGAUCGGUGAAACCCAGUCAAAUAUUUUCACUUUUGAAAUUUGCAGCUACCCUUCUCUCUCUUGCUCAUGCAGUGACGAGAUGUCACUUAAUUGGGUCGUGAGACACCUUCUGUAUGUAUAUAUGUAUAAGACCAUGCUGUACUUUAUAUUUUUUGCGAAUGAUAUUUCACGUUUCGUAAAAGCACUUACGAACUUUUCACAAAAGUAUCGACUUGCUGUUUAAUGAAAAACGGAAGUGGUUCAUUUUGCCCCAAGAGCUCAUCGUGGACUCGAAAGUGUAGCGACGUUCCAAUAUAUCAAGAAAACAGUUAUUCAUCGUCAUUUAACAUGUAACAUGUAUCGAAUAAAGCUUGUAACGAAUAAAAUGUUUUUUUUCCACCCAAAA